AAAUCAUUUGUCACUUUCUCCUCCUCCUCACCUAUCAUACAAACGAAAAGCAAACGCUACUUUCCUUUUUUCCUCUCAUUACAAACUCCGAGUAUCCGACAUCAUCGACCGGCGAUUAACACAGAAAAUGCAAGAUCCACGCAAUCAGGUUCCACCUUCUCCCACCAUCUCCUCCGUCUCUUCCUCCGAUCUUGAUACAGAGUCUACAGGAUCUUUCUUCCAUGACAGAAGCAUCACACUUGGAACUCUUAUGGGACUUAGCUUCACAACAACCAUGCCCAUGAUCCCAUUCAGAGCUUCAUCCCAACGCCACGUGUCUCCCUCCGUCACCACCUCCGACGCAACAAGUCGCAACCAGAGGAAACGUCCUCCUUCAAACUCAUCUGAGCGGCAACGGCGCCGAAAGUGGUGGCCCUUUUGCCGAGACGACGACGAUGGCCCCGGAAACGGGUUGCAACGUGGGGCCGGAGAUUGUAGUAGACGUUCGUCUCUCGGGGAGUAUUUGGAGGUUGAACGGAGGUUUGGAGAUGAAGGCGUCUAUGGCUCUGCUGAGGCGGAGCUAGAGGGUGCGGUGGCGCGUUUUAGGGAACAGCAGCCGGCGUUGGUGGAACGGGCGUUGUUUGCCGACGGGAGGGUUCUUCCUCCGGCUUCAGCUGCCGGAGAAAGUACACCGGUGGCUACAGCACUUUGUAGGUUCCCGGUUUCCUUGACCGGUAUUUGCAGCGGAGGUGGCUGAUAGAUGAUAGAUCCGUCGUCGGUCCAUGUGCUUAUUUAUUUCUUUAAAAAGAUUGUGUAUUCAGAUUGUGUUCAGAAAAAAAAAUGAUUGUGUAUUCAGUUAUCUUUAAGAUCGUAAUAAUCAUUGUUAGUGGAAAAAUGGGAUGAAGUUUAAUAGUCAA